AUGGGGAAGACCAAGGGUAUUCGAAUGCGCCAUCCACUGGCCUACGAUCAGGUCAAGCUAUGCGAUCUCACACUCGACAUCGAAAAUCCAUGGAAUGAUUGCAGAGCGUUUCCCGAAAAGCUGGACGAAAAAGAUAUCUUCCCCGUCGACGAGCUGAACCUCGAAGCUAUUCAGUCCCAAGUCAGGGAGGCAAAUGCCCAGGCCCAGUUGGCCGCCUUUCUCGGCGCACAGGCCAACUUUGCGUCCAAGACCACUCAGCGAGAGUCGGUUGGUAGGGCACGCUGCUAUCGUAUUCGUAACUCUGGAGAUAAGUUCAAACAGGCGUGCAAAGAUCCCCAGGUCAGGGAGUGGCUCACUGAAUACCACAUCAAGAGCGGCUUGCCCGUGUACAUGAUUGUCGGACUGUACACUUACGAGAAGGCGCAGGUGGGAGAGGCCGCAACCAUGACAGCCGGACUGUCUGGUAAAGGAGGCUCUGGAGCCAUCAGGGGCGAAGGUCAGAUUAAAAGUGAGGGGCAUCAUGCCACACUAUUCACAACGGCGAGUGAGAGCAUUUUCGCCAUGGAGUACCGAAAGCUGAAGAAACAGUGGCUCUCCAAAAAUAUUGAUAAAGCCGUGCUGGAGCAAGGCAACUGUUGGGAAGUAUUCUGGGGCAUGCGGAGCAAGUUGGACAAAGAAAGCCUGGAUGACCAGCGACUUGUGGAGGUGGAGUUGACCGAUGAAGAUGCAGAAGAUGUAGACGACCCGGAAACCUUGUUUGAUGCAGAUAGUUACGACGACUGA